AUCCAUACUUACAGUACUUGUAGUGUACCAGGUAGAUAGAUUGGGAAAGCAAUACCAGGCUCUGAUGAGUUAUCAUUCUCCGACUUCCAACUUCUCGCCUCGUUCUUAUUACAUACCUACAUACAUACAUACAUAUGUCUCCCCAUUGAUGCUGUUCCUUUACCAGUAAUCUCAGGAGCGCAUUCAUCCUUCCACGUUCUUGUAGAUUCUUUUUGCCCUGCAUUUUCAUUUACACUUCCUACUUCAAACGCUCCCUUACCUCUCUCCUUAGCGGCGGCACAUUGCCGCUCACUGCCUACGACUGUAGGCUAUCGCAAUCUAACGACUCCAACCCGUCACCCUGUUCUUGCCCAGCCUUAUUGCACUGUACUUGAUUGUCGCCUGUGCCAACCCUCUCUCCUUAACUCGAUACCCGGUACCUCGUUGCGGGACGGCAAACGAGCCGGGAUUUCCUUUCGCGCCGCAUGUCAUGACGAUAGAAGCAAGUCGCCCCGUCCAUAAUGGUCGUCGCUGCAGCAUCCUCGAGGAUGACAUCCUUGCCGCCCUUUGGGAAAAUGCCCCCUUCCCCAAACUUCCCCUCGACGCGCCACCCGAGAUAAGAGAACUAGUCGGCAAUAUCGAGAAUCCCAAGCGAGUUUAUACAAUACACCGUGCUUCUCGCCGCCAUCAUCUUCAACUCCUCAUUGACCGCUUUGUUGCUCAACUGCGCUAUGGGUGUGGUAAUAGCUGCUGCUCAACUACAACGUGCUUCACUUACCGAAAGAAGGCCGCCGGAAAGUCUCCCAUCCGUCGAUAUAAUCCCAAUAGCGCAAGAACUCUCGCUGUCUAUCUUGCUGGCCAGGACAACCCCGAAAGUCGAUUGUGCCCUUACGUCCAACAGCCAUCCAGACCAUCCGACGCCAUAGUACCACUCCUUCUUGCUCCAAAGCAACCUUCAACGAAAGAAAGAGUUAAAGCACGUUUGUCACCCCACAAAAACGGAAUCGACCUGGGUUCUUCACCAAUUCGACAAGCGUCCUUGAAUAAGAGUACAAACGAUGAUUUGCAUUCAAGUUUCAAGGUGGCGCGAAAUGUGUCAAGUCCUGCUGGCAAUAACUCUAUACCCAUGAAAAUCACUGAGAAGCCGGUUGGGAAGAAAGAUUACCGUUCAUUUGCUGCCGCUGUCUUUGGCACUGUCGCGUUCAAAAUGCUCGAGUGGCUAGCACCAAACAACAUGGAAGCGCUGUCAGAUCAAAUGGAAGCGUCCCGCAAUUCGGUCAAACCAAGCAUCAAUUCCCAGGGAAGUUCCGCAUCUGAAGAUCCCAGUGAGCACUCUGUCGGACACGGCAUAACACUGCGCGACAACUCGCGCGGUGAGGUUCUCACUGAGAUGAGGGUCAAUGCCUAUAGUGGACGUCGCCCUGGAAUAAAUACAAUGCCGAAUACGAUUGAACAACAAGCUAGUACUCCUUUAGAGAGACUACCAAACGAAACGGUUGCUCGGUCGCCCCAGCCGAGGAAAAGGUCAAACACGAAGAUUCGUACGUCUUCUGGCUCUCAGCCAUCUAAAGUAGUGGUAGAGCCUAUAAUGGACUCCGCGGAUGAGGCAAAAUUUCCCGACAAGAUUUCCAAAAAUGCCGUUCGAUCUUCAACUCGUCGCUCCACGUCCCAACCACGUAGUGAAGAUUCAUCAGAUAGCAAUGCUGAUGGUCGAUCGUCAACACAGGCCGACCGCGAGUAUGGGCUAGACGAUGGCGUGGCACAAAUUGACGGGUCUGAGGACACGCCUAGCAGCGGAGUAGACACUAGGUCAAUAUCAAUAGAGAGCGACGAUUCUUGGAAUGGCGUUUUACUUGAGCCCGCAUCUGAGCUAGAUAGUUAUCUUCCUCAGUCGCUAUCACGACUUAACCCCGAAGCCGUCAACUUUCUUUGCGAUGUCUUGCAGGAUGAUUCUACAACAGAACGACAUAUGUUGGAACCGUCAUUUAUUGAUGACUCACUUCGACACUGUACAGGUCGACGCAAAAUAUGGAAAAGACAACGAAAGGCUCAUCUUCCCUACCCGCAAGUACUCAAGUACGAGUGGAAGCUUUUUGCUGAGCAGAGUAUCUUCAACGUUCUAAGCGACCCGCAGGCUUUGCUUGAGUCCUUUGCCAGUCACGACGGUGCUAUUGACUCACAAAUGGUAUGGUACUGUAUGUUGCGCUUAACAAGAGCAGCUCCCCAUCUCGUUUUCGACAGUUUGUGGGUUGCUAUGACCAGUCUUUUUGCACCCCCGAAAUCCUUACAGACUUCUCGAUCUUCUACAGCAAAAGUGUUUGCCACUUCACAGAAGUCAUUUUCCAAUGCUGAAACAGCGUCUCUCAUGUCAAUAUGUUUCCAUGCCCUGAUUGCCGCAGCGCCCUUAGUGAAGGACUCUCGACAACUUCUCGACAUGUCACGAAUCCGGUCUCGCGGGUUAUUACUAACUGGCAAUGGGGGUGUCGCUGAACAGCGUUCUUUGUUGUCCCUUCAAUACGAAGAUGCAUUCAAUGAUGACCUAGCUUUGAGGCUGGCAAGGAGGCUCCUGAUGGCGAUUCUCACUAGACGCUACUUCGAUGAACUCAUGGAGUUGGAUCUGCACUUACUGGAAAGCGCUAAGGAGCCUGAUGUCUUGGAGAUGUUGUUAUCCCAUAUCGAGCCAUCUAUGCAAUCAUCGAUUCGCUUUUCUAAGUCUGAGCGGAGUGUCCAUGAGAAGCGGAUUCCAAUAUUGCUUCUCGACUGGGCAAGAACAGUCAUGAUCCAAGAAUGGACAGGCAAGCCUGACGUUCCCGGGGAUGGUCCUUUUGGCGGUGCUCUCACUCUUAUAACCGCCAUGUAUCGCAAGCGUCAAGCUCUCCUCUUAGGAGAAGCUCACUUCCGCUUUGAAUUCUUUGGGGACCGGCUCGAUUCGGUCGAUAUGCCAGUUUCCUGGCUCUCCUUUACCUCUACUAGACAAAAGGCCCAUCUCCUAGACUAUCCAUUCAUGUUUAAGUCGGCAUCCUUAGUGACGUAUUUCCGCGCUAUCAACUUUUCAAUUAUGAGCCACUCUUAUGAAGAAGCUACUUCAUUGCAGCUUCGGAUCAGGAUGAUUACGGAGCCAGGUAGCUUAGUCACUGAUGCCCAUCAGAGGAAUGCGCUCGAAGAUCUUUUAAGGACCCCAGCAUCAAAGUUUCUCAUCCUGAACAUACGGCGCGAUGAUAUCCUGACAGAUGCCUUUGACCAGCUUUGGCGACGAGAGGAGCGAGAGCUUAUGCGGCCCCUGAAAAUCCACCUCGGCGAGGAUAAUGGAGAGGAAGGAUAUGACUAUGGUGGUGUACAACAAGAGUUCUUUCGUCUAGCCAUGGCCGAAGCUUUACAUCCGGAUUAUGGAGCCUUUACAAUUGACGACCGGACUAGAAUGACGUGGUUCCAGCCGGGCUCAUUACAGCCUGAAUGGAAAUUCGAGCUAAUCGGUCUCCUUGUAUCGCUGGCUGUGUAUAAUGGCUUGACACUGCCUGUUACGUUCCCUAAGGCUCUUUAUCACAAACUCUUAGGCGAGCCUGUUACGGAACUUCACCAUAUUGCUGAUGGCUGGCCUGAACAUGCAAACGGCCUCACGAAACUGCUAGAGUGGAACGAAAAUGAUGGUGCCGUGGAAGAUGUCUUCGUUCUGACGUAUGAAUUCUCUACCACGAUCCUUGGUCAACCCGUCAAUCGUCAAAUGGACCCGUCACGGCGGGAAACAUGGCCUCAGCCUUCGGUGCACCCUAACGCAGAGCCGCUCUCAGCAGACAACCCGACAGACGCACCACCUGUGACAGGAGACAACCGUAGCGCAUAUGUGAGCGACUACAUCCGGUAUUUAACAGAUGUGUCAGUAGCGCCGCAAUACGAAGCUUUCGCUCGCGGAUUUCGUACCUGUUUGCAUGCCAAAUCCCUUACACUAUUGACCCCAUCACUUCUACAGUCUAUUGUGGAAGGCACACAAGAAAUCGAUAUUUCUGAACUUCGCCGGGUUGCGCGCUACUCGGGCUGGGAUGCGAACCAUCGUACAAUACGCGAUUUCUGGUCCGUGGUUAAGAAAUUCGAUAGCCGGAUGCGCCGUAAGCUACUCGAGUUCGUGACGUCUAGCGACCGUCUCCCCGUAGGUGGAGCGGCCAACAUACAAUUCGUCAUCCAAAAGAAUGGCGAGGAAGACGGUGUGGCAGCUCGCCUACCUACAGCAUAUACGUGUUAUGGCCAUCUCCUCCUCCCUGAAUACCGCGACAAGGAAGUACUACGGGAAAGACUGUCGAUGGCGGUAGAAAAUGCAGAAGGUUUCGGAUUCGCGUAAACACCCAAGAGAAAGAAGGUUAGGUCUUCAAUCAUCGAAGGCAUUCAAAUUGGGAUUUAACAGACAUACAAUAGAAGGAAACCGUAUUAUUGGCUAUGGAAAGUGUCUUUUUGGGGGGAGUUGAAUACAAGGCUGGGGUAUGGCGCGGAGGCUUCACCUUGCCCUCUUUCCCCUUCUACUGCUACUACGAGGGCAACAAUCUUUCUCGUACCUUUUGUUGGUCUAGUAUUUGGUUAUCUGUGAAAUGGUUAGCGUGCAAUACAAUCCACGGGUUACCUGCCUUUCCUUACGGUUGGGAAAGGGGAAAUAACACAAGUAUUUUCGUAUAAGAAGACGUGAAGCGCUAGAUCAAAACAACGAAAGUAAAUGCUCAUUUACAUUUUUAUACCUACUUUGGUACAAUUCGAAUAGGUAUUGUCAACGAGUGCUAUCAUCGUAUAACAAAUAGCCCAUCGGUUAUUACGUUGUAUACACUGCUUAAGUCAUAUAUCGC